AUGGUACUCUAUGGAGAAACGUCGGCAGCUUCGGCUGUCGUUCCCGAUGUCGUUCAGAUGGACUACUCAACGGACUUCCCGAAAUUGCCUGAGGCUGCUCCAGCUGCUGCCAAAGUUCUAGGUGCAUGGUCAAGACCGGCUGUAGGAACUAAGACUAUCGUUCAUUCUUUCAUUCUGGCUGCUGACGAACGUGCCAACAAGGUGAAGACCUUCGGAGGAAACACAAGUGAAGAGCACAAGAAGUGCCAAGCGGUGGCCGCUGCCACUGGUACUCGCAUUGAGCUGAGCGAGUCGAAGGAUGGCGCUUUGACCGUUGUCAUUAAAGGUCUGCGCAAUAAAGUGGAGGAUGCACGAGCACGACUUGUUCGUGACUUGCAAACUCAAGCUAGCCGCGAUUUGGAUAUCCCCAAGGAUCACCACAGAAAACUUAUAGGCAAAGAAGGUACUGCUUUGCGUCAACUGGAAGCUGACACGAACUGUCGCAUCACCAUCCCUAGUAGAGAUACACCGUCGCAAACCAUCAAAAUUGUUGGACCUCGUGAAGGAAUCGAAAAGGCAGUUGCUUACAUCAAAUCUGUCUCGGAUAGAGAGUCAUUGUGGAGGGUUAUACUCGGUGGUGUUUCAGGCAAAGAAGGUACUGCUUUGCGUCAACUGGAAGCUGACACGAACUGUCGCAUCACCAUCCCUAGUAGAGAUACACCGUCGCAAACCAUCAAAAUUGUUGGACCUCGUGAAGGAAUCGAAAAGGCAGUUGCUUACAUCAAAUCUGUCUCGGAUAGAGAGUCAUUGUGGAGGGUUAUACUCGGUGGUGUUUCAGGCAAAGAAGGUACUGCUUUGCGUCAACUGGAAGCUGACACGAACUGUCGCAUCACCAUCCCUAGUAGAGAUACACCGUCGCAAACCAUCAAAAUUGUUGGACCUCGUGAAGGAAUCGAAAAGGCAGUUGCUUACAUCAAGUCUGUCUCGGAUAGAGAGGCUGACGCUGCAGGAAAUGCUCUUUUGGAUAGUCACGCUCACGAUAAGGAGGUACUAGUACGCCCUAGCCGGAUCCCUAACCGUGGAAAAGUUCAAAUCGACUUUGAAGAUUCUGGCACCAUUUUCCUGGAAGGGGCCCCGGAAGAAGUCAAGGCCGCUUUCAACGUUCUUUCGGCUGAAGUUGCUCGUCUCGAAGCAGAAAUGGCCAUCGAAAAAGUAAAAGUGCACCCAAGUCUGCAUAGGCAUGUUAUCGGCAGAGGUGGCACACUGAUUUCAAAAAUCAAGGAUGAGACUGGCGUCCAGAUUUCCAUUCCCAACGAGCAGACCAACUCAGACGAAAUCGUCGUUGAGGGUAAGAAAGAAGGUGUGAAGAAAGCUGUGGAAGAUAUUCGCGCAGUCGUAUCUAAAAUAGAAAACGAGAAAUCCAGGGAUAUCAUCAUUGAACAGCGUCUGCACAAACUAAUUAUAGGAACCAAGGGCGAGAAUAUUGGAAAGAUCCGUGACGCUCAUCCUAACGUCGUUCUUUCAUUUCCUGAUGUGAACAAGAAGUCUGACGUCAUUAAUAUUCGUGGCGAUAAGGCCGAGGUUGACAAAGUGUACAAGCAGCUGCAGAUGAUUGCAAAGGAAUUGAUCGAGAGCAACUAUCAGCAGACCGUUCCGAUAUUCAAGGAGUUCCAUAAACAUAUCAUCGGUAAAGGUGGAGCCACCAUCAGGAAAAUUCGAGAAGAAACUCAAACCCGCAUCGAUUUACCGGAGGGCGAUUCUGGUGAAGAGCGCAUUACUGUUACCGGAAAGAAAGCGAAUGUGGAAAAGGCCAUUGAUCAGCUCAACAAGAUACAAAACGAGCUCGGCGAUUCUGGUGAAGAGCGCAUUACUGUUACCGGAAAGAAAGCGAAUGUGGAAAAGGCCAUUGAUCAGCUCAACAAGAUACAAAACGAGCUCGCGAACAUUGAGACAGUCGAGGUAGAUAUCCCAGUGAAAGUGCAAUCUCGUCUUCUCGGUAAUGGCCGACGUCUUAUUUCUGACAUUGAAGAAGAAUGCGGUGGAGUUCAUAUCAAAUUCCCAGCGGAGAAGAGUGAAAGCACCAAGGGCGAUUCUGGUGAAGAGCGCAUUACUGUUACCGGAAAGAAAGCGAAUGUGGAAAAGGCCAUUGAUCAGCUCAACAAGAUACAAAACGAGCUCGCGAACAUUGAGACAGUCGAGGUAGAUAUCCCAGUGAAAGUGCAAUCUCGUCUUCUCGGUAAUGGCCGACGUCUUAUUUCUGACAUUGAAGAAGAAUGCGGUGGAGUUCAUAUCAAAUUCCCAGCGGAGAAGAGUGAAAGCACCAAGGUGACGAUUCGUGGCCCCAAGGGUGACGUUGAAAAAGCACGUAAACAUCUCACUGAACUAGCUAGAGAUAAGGAGAUAAAUCUCCAUGAAGACAAGGUCGUUGCUAGGCCAGAGUUCCACCGCUUCUUGAUUGGAAAGGGCGGCGGCAAGAUCAAUAAGAUUCGCGAACAUUAUGAUGUACGAGUCAUGUUCCCAAGGGAGACGGAUGAAGACAAAGAGACCAUUCACUUGUUAGGUAAAAAGGAAGAUGUGCUGAAGGUGAAGAAGGAGUUGGAAGAGAAUGUUAAACAGCUGAACGAGACGAUUGAGGCUACGCUCGAGGUCGAUACUAAGCACCACAGACAUUUCGUCAUGCGAAAUGCUGCAGUGUUACGGGAAAUUCAGGAGCAAAAUGGUGGCGUAACGAUAUCUUUCCCGAAGAUGGGAGCGGAUUCCACAACGGUUCACAUCAAGGGUUCAAAACAAUGUGUUGAGUCGGCGAAAGCUCGCAUCGAAGAAAUUAUUGAGGACAUCGAAAAACAAGUAAACAUGCAAGUGGAGAUUCCAUCACAAUUCCAUCGCGCACUUCUUGCCAAUCGUGGACAGAGGAUUCAUGACCUGCAGUCGAAGCACGGCGUUCUUAUUCGUUUCCCCGAUCGCCGAGCCGAGGGUUCGGAGGAAGCAGAUCCGCAUGCAGCAGACAUGGUCACCAUAUCGGGUCGUGACACCAAGUGCGAGGCUGCGAAGACUGAACUUCUAUCCAUGGUUCCAGUAUCGAAGGUCAUCAACGUACCCAUCGAGAUGCAUCGCGGUCUGAUUGGACGUGGAGGAGAAACGGUGCGAAAGCUUAUGCAAGACUACGACGUCAAUAUCUCAAUCCCGAAAAAUAACGAGAGUGAUGAAAUCACUGUUACUGGUCCAUCGGAGAAUGUAGAAGAAGCGCUUGAAAAGAUCAGAGAGAAGAUUGCUGAGUUCGAAGCUUUGGCUGAAGACAGGAGGUUGCGCUCUUUCCAACUAGUAAUCGAUGUUCCGGCUGAAUACCAUCAACGUGUUAUUGGACCCAAAGGAGCUACAGUGAAUGCACUACGCGCCAAGCAUGACGUUCAAAUAAGCCUUCCUCGUGGGGAUGAAAAAUCUGAUCAGAUUACUAUCCAAGGCUACGAGGCAGCAGCACGAGCAUGCGCAGCAGAAAUCGACGAGAUGAUUGAAGAGAUUCGUUCUAUGUUCACUCAAGAAGUGUCUAUCGAUGCGGGCUUCCAUCCUCGUAUGAUUGGUGUCCGUGGGAAGAAUCUCAAAAAGCUUAUGGAAGACUAUGGAGUGGAAAUCCGCUUCCCUCGUGAUGCUGCUGAUCCAAAUCUCGUCAUCAUCGCAGGAAAAAGCGAGGAUGCUGUGUACGACUGCAUCGAUCAUCUGAGAAUCGAAGAGGAGGAGUACCUUGCUGAUCACAUCGACAGAAACCAGUACAUUUCGACGCGGGUGCAAGAACCACCAAAGCAGAACAAGCCGAUCCAGAUGAAUAACGCACCGUGGCAGUUGGAUAUCGGAAGCGCAGAGCACUUCCCAGACAUGGGUUCUUCUGCUCCAUCACAUACAGGCGUAGGCGGUGCAUGGGGAAGCGCACGUCGCUGGUGA